AUGGAGCUUUUCAAGCAUGUGGAAGCCAGUGGCACCUUCGAGGGUGUCGUCGACGGUAUGAUGGUCAACUCGGUGCCAAUGAUGAAAGCUCCUAACAAAGAAGUAUAUCGACGACUGGCAAAUGGAACCAUGGAAUUCGCCAAACGCACAGCCAAUCACGAUGCCCUUCACGAUGCUAUGGGUAUUCUGAGAGACUUCAAGGACCUGGCGACCAAUGGACCUCAGCGAAUUCGUGGGCUUAUACUUCUCUGGCAGGCCCAUUUAUUGAGGUUCGUUUGGAAGACCUGGAUAGAAGACCUGGAUGCAUGCGAUAUGUACUUCGUGGAGGAGAUGGCCGACCAAACUCGGCGUCAGGUAUUCUGGGAAGUUUUCCCCGGAGCGAUACAAACCGAAGAUUUUCGCAUUCUUCCCUCCCCGCUCCACGACGCUCAUCAACUCCUCGCGAAGCACGUUAAAUCAAUAGACCGAAUCGCCCUCGACAUUUUGAUAACCUCGGGCUGCAAAGCUCUCAGUGAUUCCGAAGAUUCUUCCGGGGACAUCGCAUUGCUUUUAGGGCGUGCUCAUGUUGUACGAUACAUAUGCUGUUGCAGCUUGGCUGACCUAGACUCGGCCGAUACGUACUUCCAAAGGGCGAGAGAGGUGGCAGGAAGUAGUUCCCCUUCGGGAUACGCUGCCUUGGCUUCGUACUCCCAUACCUCGUGGCUCCGCUUCCUCAAGGAUGGAACAUUGGACGGCAUGCUGGAUGCAAAGCAGCAGCUCAACGACAUGAACACGGUCGCGCAGGUGUACGAGGGGAAUACGACCACGCUCGACCUCAGAAUUUCGCACUUUAAAAGGUUGCUACACAUGCGCCCUUUCCCUCACCCCUGCCGUGCUGCAUGCCUCAACGACCUCGGAACCUCCCUCCACGAUAGCUUUGAGCUGACUGCAAAUGUAGAUCACCUCGAGGAGUCCAUUCAAUGCCACCAAGAGUCGCUUCAACUGAAGCCAGCACCUCAUCCAACUCGGUUCCUCUCACUCAACAAUCUCGCGGCUUCCUUGCAAAGUCGGUUCAGGAUCAAAGGCUCAGCCAAAGACCUCAGAGACAGUGUCACCUACAGCACAGAGUCAUUCGAACUCGUCCCCACUUCCAACCCCAAGCGCCCGCUUCUCGCUCUACAACUAGCAGGUUUCCUUAAUGCAAGUUUCCGGUACACCGGUGACCACCACGACCUGGACCAAAGCAUAUCUUUCUCGAAAGUGGCACUCGAUUGCGUAACGGCUACCCAUAAAGAUCGACCCAUGGUCCUGUGCCAGCUUGCGGAAUCGCUUUGGACCCGAUUCGAACACAGGGGUGAUCCGAACGAUUUGGAAGAUAGCGUCGAGUAUAGCCGACAAUCGCUAGCGAUAACACAGGAGUCCCAUCCCCUUCGCUUCCGCUCACUCGAGACAGCUGCACAUGGUCUCUACAUCCGCUUCAAGUACCAAGGGGAUCGACAAGACCUCGAACGCUGUAUCAAGCUUGCUCGAGAAUCGCUGGCACUGCGACCACCGACCGCUGGCGACAAUCGCAGUCACACGCUCAACAACCUAGCCAACUUCCUCUGCAGUCGCUUCAAGUGCCACGGAGACCUCGGAAAUAUUGAUGAAGCUGUCUCUUUGAACGAGCAGUGCCUCAAAUGGAGAGAGAAUCCUCACCCGGACCGCUCCCAAACACUCAACAACCUCGCCUCGGCUCUCAUGAUCCGGUUCAACCAGACGGGCAGAGUGGUGGACUUGGAGAGAAGUAUUACACUUCUUCAGGAAGCGCUAAAACUCAGAGCACCUCCUCAUCCUGGGCGCUCAGCAACGUUGAACAACCUGUCAAAUUGCCUGUUCGAUCGCUACAACUAUAACGGAGACAAGAACGAUCUCGAGGCAUCUAUAUCCCUCAGCGAAGAAUCCCUUCGCCUGCGACCUUCUGGUAAUCCCGGUCGCUCAAUUCCACUUAACGACUUGGCCAGUUCCCUUCUGACCAAGGCCCUUCAGUACGACAGUGCAGAAUGCCUGGAGGAGUGCCUUUCCCAUUGUUUCGAGUGCCUCACCUUGGUUCCAUACCCUCACCAAGACCGUCCCAAGGUCUUAAAUACCCUGUCUUCGGCACUCGCUACGCGCUUCAAGUACAAGGGUGACGUUUCAGAUCUCGAAAAAAGCAUUCAAUUUGGCCAGGAAGCCCUCACCUACAUGACCCCCACUGAUCCAAACCAUCCCAUCCAAAUCAGUAAUCUUUCAUUCAACCUCGUUACAUUGUCGACUCAGGAGGGGAGAGAUCAUGCGUUAGGCGACAGUAUCGCCCAUUGUGAGAAGUCUCUCGCAAUAGUUCUCUCUCCCCAUCCUCAUCGAGCCCAGCUUCUCGGCGCUCUUGGAAAUGCACUGACAGCGAGAUACAGGCGAUCUGGCGUACAAACGGAUUUGGACAAAGCGCUCGAGCUUUUCCAAGCGGCUGCCCAAUACGAGACAUCACCGUUGCUCGAACGAUUAUCCCACACGAAAGCCUGGAUCUCAAUUAGUCGCCCGCAGAACCAAGCGGAAGCAGCGUACCGACACGCCAUUCAUCUUCUCCCUCUUCUGGCCUCGCUCGAUCUUUCUUUGGAGCAACGCCAGAAUGUCCUCGCCAAUGUGAAGGACCUGUCAAGAGAUGCCGUACAGUACGCCAUACAAACCAAGCAGCUCGAAACCGCCAUUGUCUUCCUGUCCACCGCCCGUUCCAUCUUCUGGUCCCAAGCCUUAAAGCUUCGCACUCCAACAGACCGACUCGAUGCCGUUGAUCCUUCUCUUGCCCGAGAGCUGCGAGAGGUAACACGGAGUUUGGAGAUGGCGGCCCACAGAACCACCACUCAGGCGCGCUUGGAUGACUCUCUCCAUUCACUUGCAAAACGGAGGGAGGAGAUCCUUGCUCGCAUCCGAAGGCUUGAUGGCUUUCAAGAUUUCCUACUUCCUCCCUCUUUUUCCGCACUUCGAGACGCCGCCGGCAAUGGGCCCGUAAUCUUCCUCAAUGCAAGUCAGCAUGGUUGCGACGGAGUGGUUAUGCUCCCCGAUGGAACCAUGAAACAUGUUCCCCUCGAAAUUCCCUACGACAUGGUGAUCGUCUUCAAGGACUCCAUCCAGCGACUGUCUCAAGGACACCGAGUACCUACUGAGCUGCGCACCAUUUGCGACCAGUUCGAGGAAAGGAAUCCUCGUCUCAAAAUGAGUCGACAGGACCGGGAUCGCAAGACAGCUGAUGAUGAUUUCAAGGUCUUCCUGACCCUUGUAUGGGUUGCCAUCGUUCGACCUGCGAUUAAUGUACUCCAGCUCGAAAGGACCAGCUCACCAACACGAGUAUGGUGGUGUCCCACUGGUCCAUUCGCAUUCAUUCCCAUCCACGCCGCCGGCUUCUACUUGGAUGUCGAGGGCUAUGACCAGGAGGUCUUAUCUGACUUCGUAAUUUCCUCUUACUGUUCGUCACCUCAGGACCUUCUACAGACCGUGUCACAUGUUUCACCCGACGCCAAAAUGCUCGUCGUCCUUGAACCUGAGAAGACUCAGCCAGGGGUGAGCGGUCUCCCAAAUACCACCCUCGAGCUGGCCAAGAUCCGAGCUCACAUCCCUUCCGACAUCCACCUGGCCACGCAUAUCGGCUCCGUUCAAGAGCGAACAAGCCCGGAGACAGUCAUCAACGACAUUCAAACGUCAUCCUUCGUUCACUUUGGCUGUCACGGUGUGCAAGACCUUUUGAAUCCCCUAGAAAGCGCCCUCAUCUUGAGUGGCGGGAGCCUCACAAUUUCGAGGAUCAUCCGCGAAUGCCAAGCUUCGAACGCAUCCCUCGCUUUCCUCAGUGCGUGCGAGACCACGAUGGGGGAUGAGCAGAGACCAGAUGAGGCUUUGUCUCUGGCUGCAACCAUGAUGUUCGCGGGAUUUAGGGGCGUGGUUGGAACGAUGUGGUCCAUCCACGACGAAGAUGCACCCAUCGUUGCUAAUUCGUUCUACAGACAUCUCUUCCGGAAUGGAGACGCCUGCCCUCCAAUUGCGACAGAUGCAGCUGAGGGCCUGCACCUGGCCAUAAAGGAGCUGAGAGAGUUGGGGAAGCCGUUCUCGCGUUGGGUGCCAUUCGUUCACUUUGGGUGUUAG